CGCCGAAAUUUGAGUGAAGUGUCGGGCGUUGAAGCCGCCGAAGGGUAAAGUUUGCGCUCUAUUCCUAAUUGCACAUUAUCAUAACUUGCUAACAUUUGAUCUUGAGUCCUCAUAUAAAAGAAUAAUAAUUAAAAUGCCGGCAGAUAUGUCAUCCCGUGUUCAAAACAUCAAGAUCGAAGAUAAGGAAAACAUGCUCCAGGGCUCUCCUACAAAGGUGCUGAAGCAACAUAACCCGUCUAUUAAAGAGCAGCUGCCCUCACCCUCCCUGAAGAAGAGUGUGCAAGAUGAUGAUGUGAUGUCCGUGGACAAGGAGACGGAGCCGCUGCUGCGGGAGAACCCCCACCGGUUUGUUAUUCUACCAAUCCAGUACCCCGAGAUUUUCCAGAUGUAUAAGAAAGCCGUGGCAUCCUUCUGGACAGUUGAGGAGGUUGACUUGAGCAAGGUGAUGAUUGAGGGGCUUGGAUUUUAAAAAACUUGCUGUGAAAAUUGUAUUACUAAAAUUUUGUAAUUUGUGAGAGGGUGUGAUGAGAACUUGGUGGAGAGGUUCUGCCAGGAGGUGCAGGUGCCUGAAGCUCGCUGCUUCUACGGCUUCCAGAUCGCCAUGGAGAACAUCCACUCUGAGAUGUACAGCCUCCUGAUCAACACCUACAUCGCCGACACCGCCCAGCAGACGCGCCUCUUUAACGCCAUCGAGACCAUGCCCUGCAUCAAGAAGAAGGCAGACUGGGCCCUCAGGUGGAUUAGCCACAAGUCGGCCAGUUACGCGGAGAGAAUAGUGGCGUUUGCCGCCGUGGAGGGGAUUUUCUUCUCGGGUUCUUUUGCCUCAAUUUUCUGGCUGAAGAAGCGAGGCCUCAUGCCGGGUCUGACUUUUAGCAACGAGCUCAUCUCCCGUGACGAGGGCCUGCACACUGACUUUGCCUGCCUCAUGUACAAACUGCUGGUCAACAAGCCGUCUGAGGACAGGGUGGUGAGCAUCAUCCGGGAGGCCGUGGCCAUCGAGCAGGAGUUCCUGACGGAGGCGCUGCCCUGUGCCCUCAUUGGCAUGAACUGCGACCUCAUGAAGCAAUACAUAGAGUUUGUGGCAGACCAUCUGCUUGUUGAGCUGAAGUGCAAGAAGAUCUAUAGGGUGGAAAAUCCAUUUGACUUCAUGGAGAUGAUCUCCAUGCCUGGCAAGACAAACUUCUUCGAGCGCAGGGUGGGGGAGUACCAGAAGUGUGGCGUCAUGAGCUCCCCUCAGGACAGAACCUUCACCCUCGACGCUGACUUCUGAUCAGGACAGAACCUUCAUCCUCGACGCUGACUUCUGAUCAGGACAGUUCCUUCUCCCUCGACACAGUCUUCUGAUCAGAACAGAACCUUCACCCUCGAUGCAGACUUCUGACGUACUCAGCUCCUUUGACCUCUUCUUUAGUUGCACCGCAGUGCCUUAGUUCAUCACGUUUCGUGAGCUAUUUGUGUUCAGAGUUUUCAUAAUUGUGUUCUAGUAUUCGUAUUGAGUGGUUGGUGGCUUUACUCAACUAUCUGAAGCGCUUGUAAACCUAUAUACCACUGCUACCACUUGCACAAGUACUGAAUAUUGGCCACUUAAUCUAGUGGAAUGGCGAUGGCCAUUCAAUGCUUAAUAAUUAACAUGAAAGAUGAAAGUAAAGGGACCAUUUAUUGAGUGAUCUCGUUUGGGACUUGGAAUCUCGUUUAAGGAGCUGAUUUCAGUAUCACUAAUUGUGGAAUCUCGCUCAGUUCUCUGUUUCCUGUUAAUUUUGUUGACUAUUCUGUGAUGUAGACAAUCACAGUGUUGGUGUCGCUGCUUUCAUGUCAGCGUGGACACCUGACAUCUGCUUUCUGCUACACUUGUCUUCCACCUCCUCAUUUAUUCAUUGCUAUUAAAUGAGUUUAUUAAUGUUUGCAAGGAAUGCUUUCAUUCGCGUGCUAGGCCUGAUUUGAAGCGGAUACAUUGCAAAGCUCACAAGAAAAAUUUGUUUCAAUGAUAAGUUGAUGUUUAUGUAUAUCUUGUAUCACUUCGACGUUGGGGUGAAUUGCUCUUGUCUGUUUUUCUCUUAUUGACCAUCACUGCUAGCUUUUUAAAUAGGUACUUGAUUUAAUAGAAUUCUCCAUAAAAAUCUGCUGGGAUGCCCCUCCGACAGUUGCCCCGCUGCUUCUCCCCACAGACCAGUUGCCCCGCUGGGGCCCCCCACUGACGAUUCAUCUGGAUCUGAAUUUUUUUUCUCUUAAUUCUUGCCGGGAACAAAUUUUUUGGUCUCAUUUAAGCUAAUUUUCACUCUCAGUAUUAAGUGUCAAAUUAUAACGAACGAUCAAAUGCAUUCAGAGAAGAAAAUACUAUUAAGUUAUCUUGGUUCCUAUGCAUUAGAAAUAAGUGUAAAUUUUAGCUUGAUUGAAUUUUCCGAAUUCGAAGAUAUAAUAAAAUUAUUUGUGUUUUAAAAUUAGAGGAAAAACUGAUGGUUUUGUUUGCAAAUGUCGCAUUUGUUCACGUAUGUGCAUUUAGGAAGGUAAGCCUUUCCUUGAAGUAAUUAUGUUUAAAUGGUGAUAUGAAAUCCUGCAAUUAAAAUACAUUAAUCACAUUAUUAAUUUACAGCUUAGACAUUGGAAAA